GGGGUUUUUUUGGGAAUUCUGCCUCUCCAGGCAGAUUUCCUGAAGGGGCUCCCGGUGUACAACAAGAGCAACUUCAGCAGAUUCCAUGCGGAUUCCGUCUGCAAGGCUUCCAACCGCCGCCCCUCGGUGUAUUUGCCCACCAGAGAAUUCCCCUCGGAACAGAUUAUCGUGACAGAGAAGACGAACAUCCUCCUGCGCUACCUCCACCAGCAGUGGGACAAAAAGAAUGCGGCCAAGAAGCGGGACCAGGAGCAGGGGGAGCUGGAGGGGGAGAACUCGGCCCCGCCCCGGAAAAUCGCCCGGACCGGGAGCCAGGACAUGACCGAGGACACUUAAAAUUCCCGGAAUUCCCGG